UUAACAGAUGCGGGUGAAAGAUCCAUCAAGGGCUAACCCUGAGAAAACCAAGAGAAACAAAAGGCCUAAUAAGCCACAGGAUGAAGACUCUUCAGAUGACAUUGCAGGCUUAACCUGCCAACAUGUAAGUCAAGCAGUGGAUGUACAUCUUGUAAAGCGGGCAGUAGCUCAGAAUGUUUGGUCAAUAUGUUCAGAAUGUUUGAAGGAGAGGCGAAUAAGCGACAGUGAACAAGUAAUGCCUUCUGAUAUAUGGCUGUGCCUCAAAUGUGGUUCUCAGGGCUGCAGUCAAAACUCAGAAGACCAGCAUUCUCUGAAACACUUUCAGACAUCACGCACAGAGCCUCAUUGCAUUGUGGUAAAUCUCAGCACAUGGAUCAUAUGGUGUUAUGAAUGUGAUGAAGAGCUGUCUACCCAUUGCAACAAGAAGGUUUUGGCUCAGAUAGUUGACUUUCUUCAAAAGCAUGUUUCCAGGACUGAACCUAGUUCCUCCUCAAAAACCAUAAGACUUCAUGAAGAAAACAGUGAAGCAAGUGAGAUAUUGAAAGGAAAAGGCUCUGCAAAUGGUGCAUUGAUUCCUGUUAAAGGAAUAAACAAUUUAGGGAAUACGUGUUUUUUUAAUGCUGUUAUGCAGAACCUGGCACAGACUCACAUAUUAAAUGAACUAAUGUAUGAGAUGAAGGAAAAGGGAACAAAGUUAAAAAUCAGCCAAGUUGCAGAUUCUCAACUGGAUCCAUUGGUGGUGAACCUCUCAGGCCCUGGACCUCUGACUUCUGCCAUGUUCUUGUUCCUUCAUAGCAUGAGGGAGGCUGGAAAAGGCCCUCUUUCUCCCAAAAUUCUGUUCAGCCAGCUCUGUCAAAAGGCCCCUCGGUUUAAGGGUUUCCAACAGCAGGAUAGCCAAGAGCUUCUCCACUACUUGUUGGAUGCAAUGAGAACAGAAGAAACAAAGCGGAUACAAACUGGUAUCUUAAAAGCAUUCAAUAAUCCAACCACUAAAACAGCAGAUGAGGAAACUAAAAGAAAAGUCAAAGCAUAUGGAAGAGAGGGUGUGAAGAUGAACUUCAUAGAUAGGAUCUUUGUUGGUGAAUUGACUAGCACUGUCAUGUGUGAGGAAUGUGAAAAUAUUUCCACAGUAAAAGAGCCUUUCAUUGAUCUUUCACUUCCUAUAAUAGAGGAGAGGGUCUCAAAACCUGUGCCUUUGGGAAGGACAAGUAAAGGUAAAACUGCACUGGAGGUGGAUUUUGGUCACUGCAACUGCCCUUCUGUUACUGCUCUAAAUAAUCAGCAAGCAAAAAUCACCAAGAAACACUCUUUAACAAAAGAUAAGAAUCAGUUAAAUUAUGAAAGACGCCUUUCCAGAAAAUCCUCCUCUGGUGGGGAAGAUAGAAGUCCUGUUAUCAUGCAUGAAAAGGAUGGUAAUCUUGAAGCAGAAUGUGGCUCUGGAGUUCUGUAUUCGGAAGACACAAUUCCUGAGUCUGCAGUAAAUGGAAGUCAGACUGAAGGCAGUGAAAAAGAUAUCAGUUGUUCUGAAAGUAGUGUUGAUGCAGACAGCGAAGCCUCGGAAGGCGAAAGUGCUUCUACACAGUCACUUUUUGGCACAUCCAGUAACACAUCUGGUUUGCAUGUCGACCGACUCAACCAUUUAUCAGGAAAUGUCAAACCACAAAACAGCAAACCAAGCGAUAGUCACAAUGAGGUGACUGUUAUCACUGCCAUAUCCAAACUCAGCCUCAGCAAUACUGUAAAAGAAUGUGAAGAGGGGGAUUCACCAUUGAGUUUGUCAAACAAUUCAGUGUUUUCAGUGGAAAAGUCCCCUUUGUCCAAAAAUCCCCAAAAUGCUUUUCAGACCCUUUCUCAAACAUAUUCAACUAGCUCUAAAGAAUGUUCUGUUCAGUCCUGCCUCUACCAGUUUACAUCUGUGGAGCUGUUAAUGGGGAACAACAAGCUUUUAUGUGAGAGUUGUACAGAAAGGAAACAAAAGUAUCAAAAGAAAACAAACUCCACAGAAAAGAAAAUGGAAGGUGUGUACACUAAUGCCCGGAAACAACUGCUAAUUUCUGCAGUUCCUGCCAUUCUUGUUCUCCAUCUGAAAAGAUUCCACCAGGCUGGUUUGAGUCUGCGGAAAGUAAAUAGGCACGUGGAUUUUCCACUGGUUUUAGACCUAGCACCAUUUUGUUCUGCUUCCUGCAAGAAUGUGACAGAUGGAGCAAGAGUUCUAUAUAGUCUUUAUGGAAUCGUAGAACACAGUGGUUCAAUGCGAGGUGGUCACUACGCAGCAUAUGUGAAAGUCCGAUCACCCUCCAAGAAAUUACUGGAGCAUAUUUCUAUCAAUAAAAAUGGUCUAGGUUUAAAAGAAGCUGUAGGAGCAUCCACAGGACAAUGGGUGUAUGUUAGUGAUGUCCAUGUCCAAAUGGUUCCAGAAUCAAGAGUACUGAAUGCACAAGCUUACCUUCUUUUUUAUGAAAGAAUAUUAUAAGAGUGUUCAUCAAUUUAAUUUAAAAAUUAUAAUGGUUAUUUAGUCUAUAUUAUUUAAACGCUGCAUUGGUUACAGUACUUGCAAGUAUUGUGCCUUUAUCUGGCCUCUUGUAGAGAGCUUACCCUAUGUUGACUCUAAAUAUCACUCAUUUAUCAUCUGUAUCUGAAUGCCUCCUUUAAAUAUGCACUUUGUCUUGAAAGUUCCUGAAUUCAGCUAGAGAGAAACAGACUUGAGUGGAUCUGAGAUGUGGUAUAAAAAUACUCUGUUGAGGUCACUGGGAGGUUUGCUGUUGACUUCAGCAAGGUGUUAAAACAGUAAAGAGUAAAAAUGAGAUUGGUGAUAUUAAGUGCCUGGGUUCCUUGAUGGAAAGUAAUAAUGCAAAAUGCUUUACGUUCAUUGGGAUUUAGCCCAGACCAGACCAAGGGCUGGGUUAGAUAUUUGAAUUUAAGGAUACUGCAGAACAAAAUGGAACUGAUUAGACUGUGAUACUAGACUAAGCAGCUGGAAAUCAGUGAGAUCCUCACUGAAAUGACAGUGAUUGGAUAAUGUCACAAUGUAGUUUUCUGAUAUACUUUUAUGAAGUGAUUUAAAAUAUAGUGUCUGCCUGUUAAUGCUUUCUGAUGAUGAAUAAAGUAUUUAAGGUGUGAAUACUUGUAAACACCAUUUAAGUCUGAUAUGCUUCCUCUGAGCCACUGCUGAUUGGCAUUAAAAAAAUGCCCUGUGGUAUAAACAUGCCAUAAAUCUAUUAUUUGCAAGUCUAAUGGUUUAAUAUAUUUUUUGGUAAAUAAGAGAAUUACAAAUAGUUCCAUAUUAUUAAACACUCAUUUGCUGUUUUUUGCUACACAUGUAAUGAUUAUUGUGAGCUUGUAUGUGAGUAUGAAUGGAAUUGUUCAAGGACAACAGUAAUUCGAUUACUCUUAGUUCUGAAAACUAAUUAGUUCAUCUAUUACUGAUUUAUGUUUCUCACAUAAGGAGUAAGUUACAAAUUAUUUUUUGUAUUGUGUGUGUGAGUGGGGUGGCAGACAACUCAGGCGUAUGACAACUCAGGCAUAUGUAUCUUCUUUUUGUAGUCAGUUAUGUCAGCUGUCUGAAUUUGCCAAUAAUACUCCUGCUGCUCUUGGUGUUCUGAAAAUGUGCUGCCUGCGGCACCUGUGCUGCUCUUUUCCCAGUUUGUAAUAGAUGAUGAUGGUUGUCAAUAUUUGACAUUAAAAUUAUUUUUUUU